AUGGAUUCAGUUGCUACAGAUCUUCCCAUCGUGGAUCCACACACCAUGGAUUCGGUUAACACGGGCUCCCCUGAUGUUGAUGAACAUGGAAUUGAUGUAGUUCCGGGACUUAAUUCGGAAGUCCUAGAUGGCAUUGCGUCGUUUUUGGAUGAGUUUGGUGAAACAUCUGAAGUUGAUGUAAUAUCUGGAUUUCAUUCCGAAGAGGUUGGAUUUGCAAUAUUUCCAGAUGAGCAUGCUGAUGGAUCUGAAAUGCAUUUAUCCGCAUCUAACUUGAAAGAGAUGGAUGAAAUGAACCUGUUUAAGGAUGCGUAUGAGGCUAGAGACUCGCCUUGGAACCGUAUGAUCGAAUAUAUAAUUGUCUAUACUGGCCCCGAACCAUUCAGGUGCUUGUACGAUCAGUAUGCAGAGGCACUCCGGCGUCUCAAGAGUAUCGAUUAUCGACGAGAUUUGUAUCAAGUAAGAUGGUCUACUGAAUCGGUGUUUCAGUUCUUCCAUUUGCGUUUCCCCGUCGAUAUUUUGGAUUUUGAAAAUCCUUGUCCUUAUAAACAGGCAACAGCGCUCGUGGAGUAUAUUCUGGACCCGGAGAAGCGUAAAGAAGCCCAAUCGCCUAAUGAGUUACUUGCGGCGCAUCCGGUCUUUGAUGCUGAUCAGCUUCCUACGACUAAAAUUGCUCCACGAUCUUGGUCUGACGCUCUUUGCGAUGAGAAAUUCACAGAAUAG